CAUAGAUAAUGUGCAACCUCAAGAUGCUGGCAUAUAUAAGUGUAUCAUAGUCAACAAAAAUGGUGAAAUGGAAGGAAGCUCUACCGUGACUGUAUUAGCAAAGGAUAAAGAACCAGAGUUUAUAACAGAGUUGCAUGAUACCAAUUGUAUUGAAGGAUUUCCCUUAAAGUUACAAAUAAAAGUAGUAGGAAAUCCUCUUCCGGACAUUAAAUGGUUUCGUAAUGGCAAAGAAAUUUUCGCUGCCAAGGGCCAGUGUACUUUUAUACAAAAUAAUGAUGGUGCAUGUAGUUUAGUUAUUGAGCAGGCUAAUUUGAAUGACUCUGGAUUAUAUGAAGUAGUUGCUUCAAAUAUAAAAGGUGCUGCUUCGUCAAAAGCAAGAUUACAUGUCGCUUUGAAAAUGGACGAAUCUAUGCCAGAGGAACCUCCUCGAUUUGUGUCAUCUAUUAGAGACGUAAAUGCAAAUGAAGGAGAUGAGAUCAAUAUAUCUGCAGCAUUUGUUGGAAAUCCUAUUCCUGAAGUUAUUUGGUCAAAAGAUGGAACCCCUCUCUCCAUUGAUAAUCGCUUUUUAAUUGAAUGUGAUGGUAAACAUGUUAAUUUGAAUAUAGCUCCUGCUGAAGCUAGUGACUCGGGUACAUAUAGCUGCCUCUUAGCUAACCCACUUGGCGAAGAUAACUCUUCUUGCGAAGCUAAUGUCAGAAAAGUUUACAAAAAGCCUAUAUUUACUCAAAAGAUAUGUGAUCAACAACAAUUAAUUGGGUCUGAUGCAAAAAUAGCUGUAACUGCUUCUGGCGUGCCUAAUCCUGAACUGUCAUGGUACUUUCAGGACAAGCCCAUUUCAACAGGGGAUAAAUACCACAUAACUAACGACGGUGAUCACCACGGAUUAGUAAUCAAAAACUGUCAAAUAAACGACCACGGUGUAUACAAAUGUAUCGCGAGAAAUAGGGAGGGUAGCGAUGUUACUCAAGGCCGGUUAGAUGUGGUAAAUGAACUGAAAAAAUACGUUCGAUCUGAACCACCAACAUUCCUAAAGAAAAUUGGAGAUUGUGAAAUUUAUCCUGGUAUGACUGCAAAAUUUACAGCGUGUGCCACAGGUAGUCCUGAACCUGAAGCGGAAUGGUUUAAGAAUGACCAAAAACUUUUCCCUAGUGGGAAAAUAUCUAUGGACCAUGAACCCAAUGGCUUACUGCGACUAACUAUUAAAGAUGCUGACGAUACUGAUGUUGGGCGCUAUUCGUGCCAUAUAUUUAAUCCAUAUGGAGAUGACACGUGUCAUGCUCAUCUUUUUUAUGAUACUAUUGACGACCAUAACAGAAGACCAUUAUCAGAGCAAUAUAAUGAUUUGAACAAGUUCAAAAAGACAGGCGUUCCCACACCACUUACGGAAAGGCCAACCAUAUCACGAAUGACUGACAGUACCUUAAGAUUGUCUUGGAGACCAUCAGUGUUAGCAUCACCGCGAUAUCCUGUAACAUAUCUGGUGGAAAUGAUGGAAUUGCCAGAAGGAGAUUGGCGCACUCUUCAUACAGGAGUUCGAAACUGCAUCUGCGAUAUAAAGGGAUUGGAACCUUUCCGUGAAUACCGUUUUCGUGUUCGAGUUAAAAAUAAGUAUGGUGUUAGCGAUCCUAGCCCAUAUGUCCAGACGUACAGACAAAAAAUAGUACCAGAGGAAAAGAAAACCUACACAUACUUAGCGCCUGGUGUAGAUUUUAGACCUGAAACGUCUCCUUAUUUCCCAAAGGACUUUGAUAUCGAGCGUCCUCCCCAUGAUGGACUUGCACAAGCUCCACAAUUUUUGCGCCGAGAAAACGAUUCCCUGUAUGGAAUUAAAUCCCAUAACGUUGAACUAAUGUGGUUUGUUUAUGGAUACCCAAAGCCCAAGAUNAUGACAUACUAUUUCGACGGCACACUCAUAGAACCUGGUGGAAGAUUUGAUAGUAGCUAUACUCGCAAUGGCCAAGCGACACUCUUCGUAAAUAGGAUGCUGGAGCGUGAUGUUGGAUGGUACGAAGCAGUGGCAUCAAACGAACAUGGUGAAGCUAGGCAACGAGUUAAAUUGAAGCUCGCAGACUACCCACGGUUUUUGAAACGACCAGACGAAACAUUUAUUAUGAUGAGAAAGAACGGGCGCUUGGAAGCCCAUAUAGUUGGCGAACCUCUUCCAGAAAUUAGGUGGUAUAAAGACUGGCAACCCCUGGCCGAAAGCUCCCGUAUUAAGAGUAAUUUCUACGAUCCUAAUAUUUAUGUGCUAUCCAUUAACGACGCAAUUAUUAAAGAUGAAGGCCUAUAUUCCGUCAGCGCCCGUAAUGUUGCUGGCACCAUAAGCACUUCUGUAAUGGUGCACAUAGAAGAAGAUGAAGAUACCUACAUCUAUAAAACAUACGGAAGACAUCCAUAUGUUCGUGCAAAACAAAAUCGUUAUAACGACAAAUAUGAUAUCGGCGAUGAACUAGGACGUGGUACGCAAGGUAUCACAUAUCACGCUGUAGAGAGGGCUACUGGUAACAAUUUUGCUGCAAAAAUUAUGUAUGGUCGACACGAGUUACGGCCGUUUAUGCUUAACGAGAUAGACAUAAUGAACGGCCUUAAUCAUAAAAACUUGAUUCGACUACAUGAUGCUUAUGAUCUUGAUAAAAACGUUACCUUAAUCAUGGAGUUGGCAGCUGGAGGAGAGCUUGUUAAGGAUAAUUUACUAACUCGAGACUACUACACAGAACGAGACAUUGCGUACUAUAUAAGGCAAUUAUUAUGGGGCUUAGAUCAUAUGCAUGAACUCGGUAUAGGACACAUGGGACUAACGAUAAAAGAUUUGCUGAUAUCUGUGGUGGGAAGUCACGAUUUGAAAAUUUCAGACUUUGGUCUCUCUCGCAAAAUUAACAGUCACGCUCUUACAACAUUAGAUUUUGGAAUGCCCGAGUAUGUAUCACCUGAGGUGGUUAAUAAAGAAGGUGUAGGAUUUGCCCAUGAUAUGUGGGCAGUAGGAGUAAUAACAUACACGCUACUUAGUGGGCGAAACCCCUUCAGAGGGAUUGAUGACUACGAAACACUAUUAAAGGUUCGUGAGGGGCGUUGGGAAUUUAAUGAUUCAGUUUGGUCACAUAUAUCAGACGAUGGAAGAGACUUUAUUUCAAGAUUGCUGUCAUAUAGAGCUGACGAUCGAAUGGAUGUAAAAACAGCCUUAAAACACCCAUGGUUCUUUAUGUUAGAAAGACUGCCUACUGGAAAUGAAUAUCAAAUCACGACUGAUCAUCUCCGGAACUACUAUAAUCAAUUCAGGGAUUGGAGUUCGAACGCAGCAUGCAAAAAUUAUUUCCGACGAAGGCGACUUAGUGGGUGUUACAAUCACCCAUCUAGAAUGGUGUAUCCUCCAGGACAUUCAUAUACACCUGAGCCCACACCAGAACCAUUACCAGAGCCGAAAAAACGAUCCACUAAAAGAGAAGAUGCAGUGUCAAAAUAUUUGCACCCUGAUUACGAACUAGGCCUAAUUCAAUCAGAAAGUCACUACCAGUAUGGACCGGAUACAUAUUUGCUUCAACUUCGGGAUGUAAGCUUUCCAGUGAGGUUACGGGAGUAUAUGAAAGUUGCCCACAGAAGGUCACCCUCCUUUGCUCUAAACGACAACGUUGAUUGGUCUUUACCAAUCAUCCGAGAACGUCGUCGCUUUACUGAUAUAAUGGACGAAGAGAUAGACGACGAGCGGGUUCGUAGUCGGAUAAAUAUGUACAGUUCCAACGAUUCGUUCAGUAUUCGCAGACUUCGUACGGAAUUAGGUCCCCGACUAGACGAAUACACUGAAGCAGAAGCUCUCAUUGAAAGUCAAAGAGAAGGAUGCCUUCCGUUUUUUAGAGAGAAGCCACAAACGCUUGCACUCAUUGAAUACCAGCCUGCACACAUUCAUUGCUUUGCUGUUGGUGAUCCAAAGCCAUGUAUUCAAUGGUUUAAAAACGACAUGGUUCUCAAUGAAUCCAACAGAAUAAAAAUAGUCGCUGACGAGGAUGGGAGAUCUAUUUUACGCUUCGAUCCUGCUGUUCAUACUGAUAUAGGAAUAUAUAAGGCAGUUGCUAGAAACUCACUUGGACAAACGGUUUCAAGAUGCCGCUUAGUUGUAGCUACGUUGCCCGAUGCGCCCGAUUCUCCAGAAGUAUCUGCUGUAAGUGGAACAGAGAUCCUUCUCAGAUGGAAACAACCAAAAGAUGAUGGGCAUUCAGCAGUUUUAUGCUACUGUUUGCAAUAUAAAGAAUUUAGCUCAGACAUUUGGACAACCAUUGCAGAUAAUAUUGAUCACGAGUUUUAUCUUGUGCAUGACCUACAGCCUCACACCAAAUACCACUUUAGAUUAUCAUCUAGAAAUCGUAUCGGUUGGAGUGAAAUGGGCAUCCCGUUGACAGCUGAAACAACAUCCUUAGAUUCACCCAAAAUACAUAUAUCAAAGGCAAUGGAACAUUUGCAGAAGCUAACAGAAAGUGGUCAAGAAAUCGUACCAGAAGAGGAGCGUGUCCAUACAGAUUACCACUGUGAAUGCGAACCACCGAAUUGGAUCACUGAUUCUAGCGUAAACGAAAAGUAUAGUUUUAUUUCAGAAAUACAUAGAGGACAAUUCAGCACAAUAGUAAAAGGCGUUCAAAAAUCCACCAAUGCAAUAAUCGUUGCAAAAAUUUUUGAUUUGAAUGAGGAAACUGAAGCUUCAGUAAUAGAAGAAUUUGAGAAUUUCAGAACAUUAAGGCAUGAGCGAAUUGUAGCACUAUUCGCAGCAUAUAAGCCAAUCAACGUACCAUUAGCAAUAUUUGUGAUGGAAAAACUACAGGGUGCAGACGUGUUAACCUACUUUAGUAGUCGUCACCAGUAUACGGAACAUAUGGUGGCUACAGUAAUAACUCAACUUUUGGACGCCCUUCAAUAUCUACAUUGGAGAAGUUACUGUCACCUAAAUAUUCAACCUGACAAUAUUGUUAUGGCUUCUGUGCGUUCAGUACAAAUUAAGCUAGUUGACUUUGGAUCAGCCAAGCGAGUUAGUAAAUUAGGAGCAAAAGUUGCUGCAAGUUGCAUGCUUGACUUCCAAUCCCCAGAGAUGGUUAAUGAAGAACCGAUAUUUCCACAAAGCGAUAUCUGGUCUGUUGGAGUGUUGACGUACCUUUUGCUUUCUGGAAAGAGCCCAUUCCGAGGCAUUGAUGAAUACGAUACAAAGCAGAAUAUAUCGUUUGCGCGGUACAGAUUUGAGAAUCUUUAUAGUGAAGUCACUCCUGAGGCAACCCGUUUCAUCAUGUUUUUAUUUAAACGCCAUCCAACAAAACGCCCAUAUUCCGAGGACUGUUUGGAACACAGAUGGCUAAUGUCUUCUGACUACAUGAUUAAAAAGAGAGAAAGGGCGCUGUUCCUUGGGAGCAGGCUUAAGGAGUUUGCUGAAUUGUAUAAGGAUAUGAAAGAAAGUCACGCCCAAUCAUCUCAAACAGUUACACAGUCUUUAAAUGGUGGACCUACAGCAACUCAAUUAUUACGCUCAAAUAGCAUUCAAGAAGAACUUUAUGCCUCAUUUUAAACAUUGAAUUAUCGGGAAGCAUAUUAUAUUUAUGGUGACCAUACCUACUCUUUUUAAUUUGAAGAACGGUCCUUUACUCCACACUUAUUUUGAAUAAAGAACAGCUCUGGUCGCAGAAAUGCUUUCUAAACCAGCUUUGUAACUCCUAAAUCAAA